ACGGUGGAACACAAAUAUAUUGGUCAUAUGGAGGCAGUUUUCUUUUACCGAUACGAAAUACAGCCGUUUAUAGAGUGAUACCAUGUGAUGUAGUGACGCAGCGAAACAACACGGUACAUUGUUGCUUUAUAGAUCGUAUACAACGGUUCUUUACCAUAUAUUUGUCCAGUCUGGUUAAUGUUUAUUAUUUUAACACUGAUAACUAGCAUCACUGAUUGACUGUGUUACUGCUGUACUGUGGUACAUACUUAUAUCCUAAAGACGGCAUGGAUACGUUGGCGUUGACGUUCGUCUUCAUGUUGACGUCAGUGUUCGACGUUUUGGGAAAACCACCGGCGGAACAAGAGCUUCAUUACUACCUGCUGAAGCGGCACCCGUACAACAAACUCAUCCGGCCCUCCGGGAGCACCGCCAACGGGACUGCGGUCAACAAGCUGACCGUCAAGCUGGGCAUGAGGCUUUCGCAACUGCUGGAAGUGUCAGAGAAGAACCAGAUAUUGACAACCAACUUAUGGCUUCGCCAAGAAUGGGUGGACCUGCGCCUUCGCUGGAAUCCAGCGAUGUUCCAAGGCAUAGAGAUGACUCAUAUCCCAGCUCUGGAGCUCUGGAUACCGGACAUCGGGCUAUACAACAAUGCGGAUGGUGACUUUGUUAUCACUUUGCUUACCAAAGCAAAGGUCUACAGCACCGGUCUUAUUGUAUGGGAGCCACCGGCAAUCUACAAGACCUACUGCCCAAUCAACGUCGAGUUCUUCCCUUUUGAUCAGCAGGAAUGCUUCAUGAAGUUCGGUGUGUGGACCUACGACGGCCAUGAGGUAGAUCUGCAGCACGUGUUGGAGAAACAGGGGGUGACAGAAGGUGACCAGAUGGUGAUUCCGAACGGCGUGGACCUGUGUGACUAUUACCAGAACGUGGAAUGGGACAUCAUCAAUGUGACCGCCAGGCGCAAGGAGAAGUUCUACCCUUGUUGUCCGGAACCAUUCCCGGAUAUCACGUUCAACAUCACCAUACGCAGGAAAACACUGUUCUACACGAUCAAUCUAAUCAUGCCGUGCAUUUCAAUAUCAUGCCUUACAGUGCUAGUGUUUUAUCUGCCCAGCGACUCCGGAGAGAAGAUCACACUCUCGAUAUCAAUAUUGCUUGCACUUACCGUGUUCUUUCUUCUGUUGUCCGACAUUAAUCCCCCAACAUCCAUUGUCAUUCCGCUUAUUGGAAAGUAUUUACUGUUCACCAUGAUAGUUGUGACCAUGUCCAUAUUCCUGACCGUAUCAACACUAAGCGUCCACUUCCGGUCACCAUCCACUCACACGAUGUCGCCAUGGAUCAAGCGUUUACUGAUGGAGAUCCUGCCAAAGAUCUUGUGCAUGAAACGCCCGCCUGUCAAUAGAAAGCAAAGCGCCUUCCAAACUGUCAAAGACAGGGAAGUCAGAGAUGCAAAUCUCGACACAGCCGUGUUCAUGAACAGGCAGCGACACACGGACAUGUUGCGCCAUAGAAUAUCUUCGGAAAGUUCAGAAGCCUUUUCCACAUAUCCGCCAGAAAUAAGGGAGUCGCUUAAAGGAGUCCGGUAUAUUGCGGAACACAUGAAGACUGCGGACGAUGCAAAAUUGGAAGAACGUGACUGGAACUACGUCGCUAUGGUGAUGGACCGCCUCUUUCUGUACAUCUUCACAACUGCGUGCGUCUGUGGAACCAUCGGCAUCUUUCUAAACGCGCCAUCUCUGUACGACCCCCGGGAAGCCAUGACAAGAGACAAUUUUAACUGCUCAAAAAGAUGGGCAGCGUUGGUUUAGGUUUUGACUGGUCUUUUUUCAUUACAAUAAACUGUUGUUGUGCGAUCUGGAAGUUGAACAUCGUAUAGUAGCAUCUAUCAUAAUGUUAGUA